AUGAGGAGGCCCUCAGGAUUCAUUCGCGGCCUGUGGCUCAGCGAGUCCUGCAUCUGCGCCUUUAGCUCGGUCCUCCGCCGCUUCCUCUGCCUCUCCCGCAUCCGCCCGCGCGUGUUCUCUCGCGUCUGUCACACAUGUAAGAAGUUGAAGUUGGGCGAAUUCGCGUCCCCAGCUGGCGUCCGGUCCCUCUCGGCGGGAGACAGGCGCCCUCCCGCGCAGCCCGCCCGGCCCAGCAAGCGCGUUCUGCUUCCCACCGGGGUUCCUUCGGAAGCCACUCCGCGCCUCACCUGGCAACCCCCACCCCCCCGGCUCGGGGUCGCGAUGGAGCCCACGGCCGCCACCACGCUCACGGGGCGCUCGGGGCUCCUGUUUCUGCUGUUUCUCCUGCGGCUGCUGCGCGGGAUCACGGCGGCGCCGGCCGGGUUGGUCGUGGGCGCGACGCGCGGAGGAGCAGGGACAGAUGCUCUCUCGCUUUCCUACAAUUUCUCCAUCACACCUCAGGCCAGGCCUGGACAACCGUGGUGUGAGAUUCAAGGCCAGGUCAAUGGAAACGAGUAUCUUUACUAUGCCUGUGGGAGCAAGCGGGUCAUACCCGUCGGUCCUUGGGGGAUGCAGCUGAAGGACACAGCAUUCUGGGACACACAGAGGGAACCUCUGGAGGACCUGGGGGAAGAGCUCAGAAAGAAACUGCUGGACAUCAGAGCAGAGUUUGUCACUAAGAGCGAUUCUCUCACCCUGCAGGUCAGCCUGAUGUGUGAGCGUGGGGCCCACGGACACAGCAGAGGAUCCUGGCGGUUUGUCUUCACUGAGCAGUUAACCUGCCUCUUUGACCCGGAGAACAGAAAGUGGAUACAGUUUCCUCCUGGAGGCCAACAGGUUAAGGACAUGUUGGACGGUGACAGAGAGCUGACCGAGCUCCUCAUGAAGAUCGCAAACGGAGACUGUAAGAGAUGGCUCCAGAAACUGCGGGAGCACAGCAAUGAGACACAGGAGAUCACAGGUAACUACAAGACUGGAUGGAGUGCUGGUCCUCUUGAAGAGAUUGGCUGA